AUGGUUGCCGACGCUGUCAUCUACCACCCAACCGUGUCCCACUACCUCAAGUUCGUCGCCACUACCGUAGGUCGCGACAAGCUUCUGCGCACUCUGCAAUACUUUGCCCGCUUCUACUCCUGGUACCUGUACCGCACCAAUGGCACUCCCGCCGAGAUCGCUCCCUACGAUGCCAUCAAGAAGCAGUUCGGCCUGACGCGCAAGGUCCUUCGUAUCGGCAAGAACAUUGAGCAUCUCAAGGCUGCCGCCGUUGCUGCCGACUCCAAGACUAUCGACCCCGUGUUGCGCUAUGCUACCGUCGGACGACAGCUAGGCUAUGCCGGAUACCUGACCUUUGAUUUGGCCACAGUCGCCGACUCCCUCGGAGUCAGGAAGUGGGAGGGCGCCAAGAGCGCGCAGAAGGAGGCCUACAGAUUCUGGGCCAUGGGAUUGUUGUGCAGCAUCGUCGCUCAGACCUACACACUGUACAGAUUGAGGGAGAGAGAAACCAAGGUCGACAAGAAGGAGGGCGAGGGCGUUGUGGAGGCCAAGCGCAUUACCAUCGAACGUGCCGCAGCUCGACUACAGCUGCUGUCUGAUCUUUGCGACUUUACCGUGCCAGCAAGUGCACUUACAUGGAUCGGGUUUGAUGACGGCUUUGUCGGUCUCGCUGGUACUGUCAGCAGUUUGAUUGGUGUUUACUCGCAGUGGAAGAAGACUGCUUAA